GCGGGGAGCCCGGAAGUGAAAGAACCGGGUGGUUUUCCUUUUUUGUUUUGCGAUCCGCACCGGCGACUCCUCCUGUGGCUCUUUAGCCGGUGCAGGAAGGAGGAGAUCGGCGUGAACCGCUACGCCUCUCCGGGCUUUGAAGGUGGCCGGGUGGAAGCCACCACCGGCGGCGGCUCAUCGGGCGCAAGGGGUGGUUUUGGCUUCUUUCUCUUACGAGGGCAACUAGCCAGCAGUUGAAAUCAAAGAUUGGCCACCUGCCCGUUGCCGUCGUUUCAGCCUCCUCCUCGAGAGCCAUGGGGAACACCAGCAGUGAGCGGUCUGGGGUCGAUCGCCAGGGGGGUCAUAAGACCCCGCGAAGAGACAGCCCCGGCGGUUCAAAGGAUGGAGACAGGCCCAAGAUUUUGAUGGACAGCCCUGAAGACGCCGACCUCUUCAGCGCGGAAGAAAUGAAAGCUGGAGGAAUGGAGAAAGAUGAAUUCCUGGCUUGGAAACACGAUCUGGAGGUGAGCGAUAAGGCUCCCACCCAGGCGCAGCCUACCGUCUUCCGGUGGACCGGCGGAGGCAAGGAAGUUUUUUUAUCGGGCUCCUUCAACAGUUGGAACAAGCUCCCGCUUACUCGGAGCCAUAACAAUUUCGUCGCGAUCCUUGAUCUUCCGGAAGGCGAACACCAGUACAAGUUCUACGUGGAUGGACAGUGGACGCACGAUCCUUCCGAGCCUGUUGUGACCAGCCAACUAGGAACCGUCAACAACGUGAUCCAGGUGAAGAAGACUGACUUUGAAGUCUUCGAUGCCUUAAUGGUCGAUUCCCAAAAAUGCUCUGACGUCUCCGAACUGUCGAGCUCGCCCCCCGGACCGUAUCACCAGGACCCCUACAUCGUCAAGCCGGAAGAGAGGCUCAAGUCGCCCCCCAUCCUUCCUCCCCACCUGCUCCAAGUCAUCCUGAACAAAGACACGGGGAUUUCUUGCGACCCGGCCCUCCUUCCUGAACCCAACCACGUCAUGCUCAACCACCUCUACGCGCUGUCCAUCAAGGACGGCGUGAUGGUGCUGAGCGCCACCCACCGUUACAAGAAGAAAUACGUCACCACGUUGCUGUACAAGCCCAUAUGAAGGAGGGCAGGCAAAGCGGACUCGUCCGAGAGAGAGAGAGAGGAAUUGCCAUCCCCAAUGACCCCAGAAUCGUCCUUGCUGUUCAAACCGUCCCCCACCCCCCAAAAAGAGAGAGAUAAUCCUGUUGGGUUGAACUGGUGCCUUCUCUCCUGUUCUUUGAAUCCAGAUUCAGCAGCCCUGGGUUUUGUCCCAUCAAGCGCGAAGCCGCCUGCUGAGCAACCCAAAGGACAUCCAAACUGCGCAGGCCGAUUAAACCUUGGAAAUUCAAUUCUUCUGAUGCUUCCUACCUCCAAAAAGCCAGCGGGUGGCUUUUAACAACAGCCAAAAGGGGGAACAAGGGCGACUCAGCUCUUGAAAAAUGUCUUCAUCCUACACCGUUGCCUCACCGUUGGGGCAACUCUUGUCUCGUUCUGUUUUGUUUUUAAUUUAAAAAAAGAAACACGCACACACAACGGUUUGGAGUUCACGACCACAGCAGCAAUAAGAACCAAAGAAAGGGGAAAGCAACCCAACCCCUGCUCUCUCUUUGGCAGGGGAAUUUCAGCCGCCUCGGUGCUUUUCGGUGGUUGGGUGGAUCUUUGGAGAUCUCCAGCCGUCCCAACAGCUUUAUUCCUCGGGAUGAUCAGCUCGACGGCAGCAUCCCGAAUUAGUAUUUUAGUGCUACCGGUCUUGCAAUUUGAUAAUUACCCUUUUCGGAAAGGUUUUUUUUUUUAAUCAAUAA